ACAGAAAUCCGGCACCAUUCCGGCAUAUUUCAUUUAUCUUUGUCUCGCAUUAAUAUAAUUUUUUAUAUCCGUAUUUAGGAUUUUUCAGUAUAAAUGAUGGCCAUCAAUGAAAGCAUAAUUAUAUUGCUAAUUCUACUAUUCUCAUGGGGAGAAUAUCUGUGGGAGCAAUAUCUUACUUUAAGACAGUUAAAAAUCUAUCAAACGAACAAUGAUAUACCAAAUGAUUUGAAAGAAAUGCUGAAUGAAGAAUCUUUUAAAAAGGCUAGACUGUAUGGAAUUGAUAGAUCAAAGUUCAAAAUAGUCAAGGAAUUUUACAGUAUAAUAUUAACAACAAUAAUCUUGUACAACCGCUGGAUUUAUGUUGCUUGGAACAAGUCAGAAAACAUUGCUGCCAUUUUCAACAUUGCAGCUGACAGAGAAAUUAUAAUAAGCUGCGUAUUUAUGACAUUUGUAACUUUAUUUAAUUUCAUUGUAAAUAUGCCUUUCACAAUUUAUAGUACAUUUGUGUUGGAAGAGAAGCAUGGCUUCAAUAAACAAACUGUAGGUUUCUUUGUGAAAGAUCAGUUGAAGUCUUUGUUGUUAAGCCUCGUAAUUACAUUGCCCAUUAUAUCUGUGGCAAUCUACAUUAUUAUGCUUGGUGGUAAUAUGUUUGUUGUUUGGUUGUGGCUGUUUACCACAUUAGCCACACUUGUACUUUUGACUAUUUAUCCAUCUGUCAUUGCACCACUGUUUGAUAAAUUUGUUCCAUUACCAGAAGGUUCUCUCAGGAAAGGUAUUGAAAGUUUGGCUUCGAGACUACAUUUCUCAUUGUCUCAAAUUUAUAUUGUAGAAGGUUCUAAAAGAUCGGCCCACAGUAAUGCAUAUUUCAGCGGUCUGUUUGGUGCAAAGAGAAUUGUCUUGUUUGAUACACUGUUAGAAAAAUAUGAUGAAGAGAAAAAGAAAACAACUGGUUGCACUGAAAGUGAAAUUUUGGGAGUUUUGGCACAUGAAUUGGGUCACUGGAGUUGUAGUCAUAUUUAUAAAUCAAUUGUAUUAACUGAAAUUAAUUUGUUAUUGCUGUUUACUGGAUUUGGAUUAUUAUUCAAAUAUUCCAUGCUUUACACAUCACUAGGCUUCCCAACUGGCCAGGAACCUAUAAUUAUUGGCUUAAUAGUAGUUUUGCAGAUGAUAUUGGCUCCAUACAAUUCAGUUCUAUCAUAUUUUGCUACAGCACUAUCUCGCAAGUUUGAAUUUGAAGCUGAUAACUUUGCUGUUUCAUUAAAUUAUCCUAAUGAAUUAAGGUCAGCCCUUAUUAAAUUAGGUAAGGAUAAUUUGGAUUAUCCAAUUUAUGAUAAACUUUACUCUUCUUGGUAUCAUUCCCAUCCAACAUUACUACAUAGGAUUGAAAAUAUAAAUAAUCAAACAAUAAGUAAGAAACAAGAUUAGUUUAACUAAUUUUUGGUGGUACCUUAAUGGUGCGUGACUUGAAUGCAUUUUUAGAUUUACCAUUACUAUUACAUACUUUAAACUACUAGAAUCACCAUAAAUAGUAUUGAUUAGCUGCAUAUUGUCUGUCUUCACUUUAUAGGUAGUGUGUAAUUUGUAGACAUAAGGUCUUCAAAAAAUAAGGAGGUUACAUUGACUAUUGUUCCAAAAUGUUAAUUUCUAUGUCAUUUAAUCGCAUAUUUGAUGUAAAAUGUAUGUUAAGAAUAUUUGUAACAAUGACUGAAACUUGAUUUACAUUUAUUUACAUAGCUCUCAAGUCCAUGAGUGUGAACAAUAUGUAUAAGAUAUAAUUAUCUUCAUAUUAAUAAUGUAUAAGGUCACAAGUGUAUCGACAGUCACAUAUCCUUCAUUCCUUGUAGAGACAACUGUCGUCGAUGCCAAAUAUCUCGUUACCUACAGCAUGGCUUUGUAAUCUGUAAUAGCUUAUAGUUCUUAGAGAAAUAGGAUUUAUCUAAUUACAUCUUUAUUCAAUUAUCUUUUGUGACAGCUUAAUUGCUGCUAAUAUUUCAAUUAUCAGAAUAAUUUCUUAUAUCCAUUUAAGUUCCUAUUGUAAAUCAGGAAUAUUAAAAAGACAAUGGGGUCAAUGUGAGUACGUAUCUAACGUUUGCACUAUUUAUAUCUUAUAAAAGUUAAUAAAUUUUGUAUUACGUGUCUA